AUGAAAUUUGUCUUCUGUUUGAGUGUCCUUGCUGGGACAUUUUUCCCCGCUCACUCAUCUGUGCAGAAAGAAGACCAUGCCCCCUAUCUGGUAUACCUCAAGUCUCACUUCAACCCCUGUGUGGGUGUCCUCAUCAAAAGCAACUGGGUGCUGGCCCCCGCUCACUGCUACCUACCAAACCUGAAAGUGAUGCUGGGAAAUCUCAGGGUCAGAAUCAGAGAUGGGACAGAGCAGAUAAUUGACCCUAUCCAGAUUGUCCGCUACUGGAACUACAGUCAUAGUUCCCCCCAGGAUGACCUCAUGCUCAUUAGGCUGGCUAAGCCCGCCAACCUCAACCACAAAGUCCAGCCCAUUCCCCUCGCCACCAGCACCGUCAAGCCAGGCACCGUCUGUAUGCUUUCAGGCUUGGACUGGAGCCAAGACAACAGCGGCAGACACCCUGAUUUAAGGCAGAACCUGGAGGCCCCCAUGAUGUCUGAUGCAGACUGCCGGAAAACCAAACAAGGAAAAAGCCACAGAAACUCCAUAUGUGUUAAAUUUGUGAAAGUGUUCAGUCGAAUUUUUGGGGAGGUGGCCGUUGCUACUGUCAUCUGCAAAGGCAAGCUACAGGGGAUCGAGGUCGGACACUUCAUGGGAGGGGAUGUGGGCAUCUACACCAAUGUUCAGAAAUAUAUCACCUGGAUUGAGAACGUCACUAAAGACAAAUAA